AAUGACUGACUGUUUCAAUGCUGUAUUAAAUUGAGAAUAGAGUCGACUGUUCUAUACUUUAGUGUCUCUACUGUUGUGUGCAUUGAAUGAGUCGUUCAUUUGUAUUACACUUGAAGUGUGAGUCUAUGAGUGCUUUGAAUCCACGUGUCAUUGAAUUGAAGGCAAAGUAAGACAUAUUUAAGACAUUUCGGUGAUCUUCGCAGUAAUUGUUUGAUUGAAAGACUCAUUUGACUAAACACUACAUCGACAACAAUGUCUGAUACGGCUAUCGAUAAGUCUGACUCAAGACGUCAGGACUCGGGAUCGGAUGCGGGCGAAGACUCGCAAAAUUGGCGCUCACGUAAUGGCAGCCAACAAAAGCAGGGCGGGUUCCGGUCAUUUGGUGGACGUAAUCGCGAUCAGAAUUGCUAUAAUUGUGGCCGCAGUGGACACAUAAGCCGUGAAUGCAAUCAGGAACGUGGCUUUAGUUCGCGAAAAUGCUAUAAUUGUGGUUCUGAAGGCCAUUUAAGCCGCGACUGCACUGAACCGCGCAAAGAGAGAUCCACUGGUGGUGGUAGUAGUGGUGGCGGAGGAGGAGGAAAGUCAUGCUAUAACUGUGGCUCUGAUGCACACUUGAGUCGCGAUUGCACUGAACCGCGCAAAGAAAGACCAAAGACGUGCUUCAAUUGCAACGAAGUCGGACACAUCAGCGCCGACUGUCCUAAUGAGCGACGCGAACGCCGCUCUAAUUAUGGCCGCAAUAACCGGUAUUAAUACUGAUGUGUUGGCCACAGAUUAAUUGGAAACGAUUUUUGGGUUAUUAUUAUUAUUAAACAUUCAUUAAAUGAUUUUUAUUAUUGCCCUACAUUUGAUUUGAUUUAUUAAUUGAUUUGUGU